AUGACGACGACCUACUCGCAACACCAACUAACCCUCCCCUCCCUCGCGCGCGGCUCCCAUCUCGUCACAAGCCACAUCACCGACGCUCUUCCCGAGAUCAAGACCGUGAAAUGCGGGCUGCUACAUCUGUUUCUGCAGCAUACCAGUUGCGGGUUGACGAUGAAUGAGAAUUGGGAUAGUGAUGUGAGGAAGGAUAUGAGCGAUGCGCUGGAUAGGAUCGUGGUUGAGGAUACUGGCCGACUGGCUACGGGCACAUGGCAAGGCAUAUGGUUCCUAGAGUUUAGGAACGGGAAGCAAAGGCGGAAGAUACUGGCUACGAUCCAAGGGGAGAAGAUGUGA